AUGAGAUCUUCAGAGAUCUAUCCGGCACCCCCCACGGUGGCCGACCAGGAGCUGUGGGAAGAGAAGGAAGUGUCGACUGAACAGAGCUCUCUCGAAGUCGGAGAGAACAAAGACCUCGCUCUUCAGCAGACACAAGAUGCCUUUGGAAAUGAAGAGUUUGCGGAGGUCAAGUACAAGGUCCUCAAGUGGUGGCAAUGCGGCCUGCUCAUGGUGGCUGAAACAGUCUCCCUGGGGGUGCUGUCCUUGCCUGCUGCCGUUGCCGGCUUGGGUUUAGUCCCCUCGGUGAUUAUUCUCGUCUGCCUGGGUGGCCUGGCCACCUACACGGGCUAUGUGAUCGGCCAAUUCAAGUGGAGGUAUCCGCACGUUUGCAACAUGGCUGAUGCGGGUGAGGUGCUUGCUGGCCGCUUUGGCCGUGAGCUGUUGGGAUUUGCCCAGAUCAUCUUCCUCAUCUUCAUCAUGGCCAGCCACCUGCUAACCUUCACGAUUGCCAUGAAUGCCUUGACUGACCAUGGCACGUGCUCCAUCGUCUUUGGAGUGGUGGGCCUGGUUGUCUCUUUCGCGUGCUCGUUGCCGCGCACUCUGGAAAAGAUGUCCUGGCUCUCGUUAAUUUCUUUCAUUAGCAUCUUGUCAUCUGUGUUCAUCACAAUGAUCGGGGUGGGUAUCUCACACCCUGGGAAGGUAAUUGAAGCAACAGUCAGAACCGACCUAAUCCACGGCUUCACGGCGGUGGCCAAUAUCGUCUUUGCAUUUUCUGGACAUGCUGCAUUCUUUAGCCUUGCAGCGGAAUUGAAAAAUCCAGCCGACUAUCCCAAAGCCUUGAUGCUGUUGCAGAGCGUCGAUAUGACCCUCUAUCUCGUUGCAGCCGUCGUGAUCUACUGCUAUGGGGGAUCCACAGUUACUUCUCCCGCACUGGGAUCCGCCAGCACGGUUGUGUCCAAAGUUGCUUAUGGCAUUGCGCUUCCGACAAUCAUCAUCGCCGGCGUUAUCAACGGACAUGUCUCUGCCAAGUCCGUCUAUGUGCGUAUCUUCCGUGGCACUGACCACAUGCAUAAGCGCACCUGGACUGCCGUGGGCUCUUGGACCGCAAUUGUCCUAACACUGUGGGUGCUCGCCUGGAUCAUUGCGGAAGCGAUUCCAGUGUUCAAUAAAUUGCUGAGCUUGGUUACUGCGCUCUUCGCCAGUUGGUUUACUUUCGGCCUGAGCGCGAUCUUCUGGUUCUACAUGAACUCUGGCCGAUGGUUCUCGUCUCCGAAGAAAUUCGCCCUUUCUGCUGUCAACUUGCUUGCUCUGGCAGUUGGAUGUUGUCUGUGCGGUCUUGGGCUCUAUGUCUCCGGAAAGGCCAUCCACGAUGAUCCCCACCAUGCCAGUUUCACCUGCAUGAGUACUGUCUAA